AAUCAGUCUGACACAAAAACAAUUUUUUGUUUCACUUCUGUUUUCAUGAGCGAAAAAAUACCUGAAACUGAACUUCUGAACUUUCAUCGUUUUAAUGUCUAAUAACAACCACUUUAAAUUCUUACAUCAUUAUUACUGCAAUUCAUUCAAUUUUCACUUAAGAAAAUGCAUAAUACAAAUCACUUUAACUGAUAACUAUAGUCUGUUCCCAUUUUUCUGUAGAUGUGAAGACAGUAUCGGUGAUGGAGGGAGAUUCUGUCAUUCUAAACACUGAUCUUUCUGAAGUACAGAAAUAUUUGUUGAUUCAAUGGAUGUUUGAAAGCACAAGAAUAGCUGAAGUCGACAGUCUCACACAAACCAACUCAACAUAUGAUGGUCCUGAUGAGAGAUUCAGAGACAGACUGAAGUUGGAUCAUCAGACUGGAUCUCUGACCAUCACAAACACCAGAACCACAGACUCUGGACUUUAUAAAGUAACAGUUAUCAGCAAAGAGACCAGCUACACACGUUUCAAUCUUACUGUCUUUGAACCUCCACAAAGUACUUCAUCACCAGAAAGUUCAUCAAGCUCCAAUUUUCUGUCAUCCAGCAGUGCAGUAAAAUUUUUUACUGUCAACCAAACUGAGGACACUAACAUUACUGAACUCCAUCAGCCGUGUUCAGAUCACUUCCACUGUUGUGGUUUUAUUGAACCUGUGAUCCGAUUGGUCGUCUCUGCUCUGGUGGGCGUGGCUGCUGUUGCUUUUAUUGUUUAUGACAUCAGAUCUACAAGAAGUGAGCUGAACAGGAUGGACGAGACUAGAUAUCACCGUCAGAUCCAUGGAGUGAAAUCAGACCAACAGUAUAAAAUGAGCAGAAGCGUUAGUUCCAGAUAUGUUUGCUGAAGUUUGUGUGUAACCCUAGACAUAAAACAUGCAUUAAUAUGACCUGUACUUGCAUUGCUAUCUAUUAACAGACUGGGUUUUGCUGUUGUUUUUAAUUCAUUUAUUAAUAUGCACAUAAUAUGAUUUUGAUUGAUUUACAGCAUUAGUUGAUUAUUUAAAUAGCUUUAAAGAUAAUUACCCUAAGAAAUAAAACAUAACAAAUUAAUUAAAAAAAGGUAGCACCACAAAUGAUGCCAUUGAAUGAUCUCAGCUCUUGUUUCUGUUGACUUUCCCAGAGGAAAUUUGUGACUUUUCAUAAAGAUUUAGUUUUACAACAGAGUGAAAGUUUGUGUUUCAAUAUAAUUCUAAUAGCGGUUGAAUGUCAUUUACAGAAUUCAUGUGAAGCUGAACGACUACAUGAAACACAAACCAUGCACACUUUGUCCCUGAUGUUUUUAUGUACAUUUAUUUUGAGAAAAGAUAGUUUGACUGACGGAUGAACUGACUGGAAUAGACACACAAGACACUGUAAAUACAAUAAUGUCAAGGCUGAUGAAUAAAGUGAAUUACUAAACUGCUAGUGAUCUUCACAGUAAUAUGUUUUUAACAUUUUAAUUCCUAUGGUCAAAAUUUCACAUAAUAUGAAAUCACUGUAAAAGGCCACUGGACAAACUUGUUUUUUAAUAGGAUGUUUUGGUCCUCACAGUGAUGUUACAAUAUUUGUGUUUG